CCACCACUGCAAAUAUUAUUUCCUUCUUCCUGCUUGCAGAAGUCGGUGAAGACUGAACAGUGAAGCUAAUAUACCUCGGAAGUUGAGGAAUGGGUACCGGAGAAAUUAAGUCACCCGAAGUUGGGAUUGACACACCAACUACUUUGGAUGGAAAUUCUGACUCCAUUCCGAGAAAGAAACUAGGAAUCUACUUCAUUGAAUCCGAUGAUAGGCGGACGGCGUUUGGGCGAGGUUACACUGGAGGAACUACACCGGUUAAUAUUCAUGGAAAACCUAUUGCUGAUCUUUCAAAAACCGGUGGCUGGAUUGCCGCCUUCUUCAUAUUCGGGAAUGAGAUGGCAGAGAGAAUGGCUUAUUUUGGCCUUUCGGUUAACAUGGUGGCCUUCAUGUUCUAUGUUAUGCAUAGACCCUUUUCCAGUUCAUCAAAUGCGGUAAACAUUUUCCUAGGGAUAUCACAAGCAUCCUCUAUCCUUGGUGGUUUCCUAGCUGAUGCAUAUCUCGGUCGAUAUUGGACCAUAGCAAUCUUCACGACAAUCUAUCUUGCGGGUUUGACAGGAAUAACCUUGUGCGCAACAAUGAGCAUCUUUGUGCCAAACCAAGAUAAAUGUGACCAGUUGUCCCUCCUGUUAGGGAAAUGUGAGCCUGCAAAAAGAUGGCAGAUGAUUUACCUCAACACUGUCCUUUACGUGACCGGAUUUGGAGCUGCAGGUAUAAGGCCAUGUGUUUCUUCUUUUGGGGCUGAUCAGUUUGAUGAAAGAAGUAAAGAUUACAAAUCUCACCUGGAUAGAUUUUUCAACUUUUUCUACCUCUCUGUUACAAUUGGAGCAAUUGUGGCCUUCACUGCUGUAGUAUACAUUCAAAUGAAACAUGGAUGGGGAUCUGCCUUCGGUUCACUGGCAAUAGCUAUGGGCAUAUCAAACAUGGCAUUCUUUAUUGGCACUCCUAUGUAUAGGCAUAGGUUGCCAGGAGGCAGCCCUCUUACACGGGUUGCCCAGGUCCUGGUAGCUGCAUUCCGGAAGAGAAAGGCCUCAUUCUGCAGCAGCGAGUUAAUAGGGUUGUAUGAGGUUCCUGGCAAACAAUCUGCAAUUCAGGGUAGUGGAAAGAUAGCUCACACAGAUGAUUUUAGAUGGUUGGACAAGGCAGCCUUGCAGCUGAAAGAAGAUGGAGCUGAUCCGAGUCCUUGGAGGCUUUGCACUGUAACUCAAGUAGAGGAGGUCAAGAUCCUUUUAAAGCUUAUCCCCAUACCAGCUUGCACUAUAAUGAUUAACUUAAUCUUAACAGAGUAUUUGACCCUCUCAGUGCAGCAAGCCUAUACUCUAAACACCCACAUGGGUCAUUUGAAACUCCCAGUAACAUGCAUGCCAGUAUUUCCUGGCCUCAGCAUAUUUCUUAUACUGUCCCUCUAUUACUCGGUACUUGUCCCAUUAUCGAGACGCAUAACUGGUCAUCCUCAUGGAGCUUCUCAGCUUCAACGAGUAGGCAUUGGUCUGGCAAUUUCAAUCCUUUCUGUGGCAUGUGCUGGGAUUUUUGAAAGGUACCGAAGAAACUAUGCAAUAAAACAUGGGUAUGAGUUAAUUUUCUUGACUCCAAUGCCCAACCUAACCGCAUACUGGUUGUUGAUUCAAUAUUGCCUGAUUGGCAUAGCUGAAGUAUUUUGCAUAGUGGGAUUACUGGAAUUUCUCUACGAGGAAGCCCCAGAUGCCAUGAAGAGCAUAGGAUCUGCUUAUGCUGCUCUAGCUGGAGGUUUAGGUUGCUUUGCAGCAACUUUAUUGAACAGCAUUAUCAAAUCUGUCACUGGGAAUGAAGCAAAAGGGCAGCCAUCAUGGUUGGCCCAAAAUAUAAAUACUGGUAGAUUCGAUUACUUCUAUUUCCUGCUUACAAUUUUGAGUUUAAUCAAUAUGUGCGCUUUUCUGUAUGCAGCACAUAGGUACAAGUAUAGGGCAGCCCCUAAAUUUGACAUUGUUAAGCAAAAUCUAGCCAACAACAAAAGGAACACUCCCUCUGCAGUAGUUAUAUAGAAAAUGGGAACAUUAGUAGGAUAAGCUCCAUGUAUUCCCAUGUAAAACAUUCCUCUUUCAUACUUCUUUGAAAAAAGUGAUCUUUGCUGUUGAACA